AUGGCUACUGUGACUGCAGGUGAGAAAUCUGGGAAAUGUCAGCGUGAGGCACACCGUGCCAACAGCAUCCUGUACCAGAUCCCUAACAAAGAGCAUGCAAGUGAGGCUAAGUGGCACCAGCAGUACCACAGUCUACACUGCUCUGUGGGAAGAAAGGGCUGCUGUUGUACGGACAGGAGAAGAGCUGUCCUGACAAAGCCAGAAGCCACGUGCAGAAGAGCUGCUGAAGUGUUCUUGAAGAUUUUAACUUGUGUUAGAAACAUUCCCUCUUUUUAUCACGAGCCUUGGGAGGAUCAGCUUCUCCUCAUACAGAAGAACUGGACUCCUCUUUUUAACCCGGGCAUGGCACAAGAAGGGGUGGAUUUUGACUUGAAAGAGAUUUCAGCCCCUGGUUUAUUGAGAAAAGUCCUCCUCAGUCAGUCUUUGACAGCUAACAAUGAACUGGGCAGCUCAUCACUGGGCGCAUCUUUAGCAGAGGUUCAGAAGAUGAAGAAUUUAUUGUGGAAAUUCUGGGACCUUGACAUGAGUGCAAAAGAUUCUGCCUACCUUAAACGGAUUAUACUUUUUGUUUUGACAGGAUGCCAUAACUUAAAAUGUCUCCCUUAUGUACAAACACUGCAGCAGGAAGCUCAGCGAGCCUUGAUGGAGUUUAUCUCAAUGACAUUCCACAGAAACCUAAGCAGGUUUGCCUGGAGUCUUCAGCUAUUUGACUCCUUUCAAUACACCUUUGCAGAUGCUAUUGAAGAGCUCUUUUUCAGGCCUGUCCUAGGAGAGGCCACCUUAAAUGUAUUACUUCUAGAAACCCUAUAUAUCAAGCUGGAAUGGCUUUGA